CACAGCUUGACCUCAAUUGCAACGAUGUCUAACGUACUCCGACCCUAUCUCGCUGCUGUCAGAUCAACUCUCACUGCUGCGUUGACGUUGGAGAACUUCUCGUCUCAGGUCGUCGAGCGUCAUAACAAGCCGGAGGUCGAAGUCGGGAAAUCGACCGAAGUGCUGCUCAAUCCAUUGACAAUCUCUCGCAACGAGAAUGAACGCGUUCUGAUUGAGCCCUCCGUCAACUCAAUCCGUCUGAGCAUCAAGAUCAAGCAAGCCGACGAAAUCGAACGGAUCCUCUGCCACAAAUUCACCCGGUUCAUGAUGCAGCGAGCGGAGAGUUUCAUCGUUCUUCGUCGGAAACCAGUGCCAGGCUACGAUAUCUCCUUCCUCAUCACGAAUACCCAUUCAGAGACCAUGUUGAAACACAAGAUCGUCGACUUCAUCAUCCAAUUCAUGGAGGAAGUGGAUCGAGAGAUCAGCGAAAUGAAACUCAGCUUGAACGCUCGUGCUCGUAUCGUGGCCGAAUCCUACUUGACCGCCUUCAACUCAUGAGGUUUAUGACAUCCUGCAAUCCACUUUGGUAUUUCCUCAGUAGAACGUGUAACAUGGAAUGUAUUUAUUACGAGCAAGAUGAAGGUCAUUUCGACGUCGGUGAUUGCCUAAAACGGAUUUGCUCUGCACCAUGAGCAAGGCGCGUCCUACAGCACAGACUGGCGUCUUCAAGGCGGAUUCCAUCAAAGAUGUCGCCGACUCCCUCAACUUGCCUGCAAUAUCCGACCAGGUAGCAUCCGCACUAGCCAGCGAUGUCGAGUACAGAUUACAUCAGGUCAUCGAGGAGGCUGCUCGCUUCAUGCGUCACGGUCGGCGUACCGUAAUGUCAACCACGGACAUUGAACAGGCGCUACGAGUCCUCAACAUAGAACCACUCUAUGGGCACUCUUCGCACAACCCUCCGACAUUCAAGCGGGCGCUUCCAUUUCCUCAAACACCCGCCGCCGGUUCGGUUUACUUCGUCGAAGACGAGGAGAUCGACUUUGACCGCGUCCUACGAGAAGAGAAGAUCACCCUCCCAAAGGCGUCACUUGGACGGCUCAUUGGCUCGCGGUCGAAGGCGUCCAGCCACUCAUCCCUGAAAAUCCGCCUGCAAUACCAAGAGAGCUCCCGACGGACGUACAGCCUUCGGUCGCAAAUGGGGUGGCUCCCGCACCGCCCACUGCAGCCACGAAGAAACAGGAGCAGCAAUUCCAGCAGCAGCAGCAGCUGGUCAAGCAGGUUCUAUCAAGAGAGCUGCAGUUGUAUUAUACGCGGCUCACUUCAUCGUUGUUACCACCCGGUCCUGACGUCGCCAAGCGCGAUGCGGCACUGGCCAGUUUGCGAACAGACGCCGGGUUACAGGCGCUCCUGCCCUAUCUGAUCAAAUGGGUGGGCGAUGGUGUAGUCAGAGAAUUGAAGGAAGGAGGGAUGUCGGAAAUGGAUGGGAAGGUGCUUGAAGUUCUGGUGUCUGUGACGAGUUCGCUUUUGGCGAAUAAGACCUUGUUCGUGGAACCCUACCUGCAUCAGAUGCUGCCGCCCAUUCUUUCCACAUUACUGCACUCGUCUCUCCCGCCCUCUCACGCUACACUCUUGAGAACGUUAACGGCCCAGACGCUUUCGCAUCUUCUGAGAGAACAUUCUACGACAUACCCGUCGCUUGCCCCACGAAUCAUGAAAACUUUGCUUCUCGCGCUCAUUUCUCCAGGGAAAAGCAGUGGAACGCGACACGGGUCCAUACGGGGUUUGAUUGGGAUUGGAAAAGAGGCAGUACGAAAGGGUCUAGUUGAAGGUGGCGGGGCGAAAGUGGUUGGCAGCGAGUAUGCCGACGACGAGCUGCUUGUAGAAGCAGUCAUGGAUGCUUUACGUGUUCUGCGAGUGCCGUCAGAUAUGGAAGACUCGCUCGAACCGACAAAUCCAACGGAUGCUGCAGUGAUCGACGAGCUGCAGUCCACGUUGGGCGAUACUUCGCUGAGCGAGUUCGAGGAGACGGACAAUGGGCACGGACAAUCCUAGGAUCUGCACCUUCUUGAUCUGUGAUUAUCUUACAGCCGCCAUCUGCUUUCGUACUGCUACUUCGUAACGCGUGUGAUAAAUGCGUACUUGCUAUCCAUGUCGCACCGCGGAUCCCUGUCGAAGAGAUGGUCCACCCCCGGGAGCUCCUCGUACCGCACGUCACCCUUGAGCUCUUGCAGCACGUGCACACAUCCCGGCUCUGUCUCGGCGGCACUUUGUCGUCGAUCGCGCCGUGGACAAUAUAUACCGGGGGCAGCGUGAAUUUACCCGACUUGAUCGCAGGCGCGGCGGCGAAGGCGGAGCCGGGAAUGCCCGUCCCCUCGAGCAACAGCUUCUCCAGAAUGCCCCUGGGGAAAGAAUCAAGCCUGGGACAGGUGAUUUCGCGACGUGAAAGACGGACUCCUGCAGCAUGUAGUGAUAGAACACGGCGCGCGGGCUGUCUAGCGCCGAGAAGGCCAGCUUCGCUGCCGAGGGAUCCACGAACGAGGCGACCUCCUCGUCA